CUCUCUCGCUCUAAUUUCCCACCACCCUAUCAUUUCCUUUCACUGAAACAGAAACAGUUGAAAAAAAGAUUUCUAAGGUGCGGAUUGGUGCCCAAAGGUGAGGUUAAGUGUCCUUGAAUCCCCAAUUUUCACAAUUUCCGCAUCCUUCAACCACGCGACGUUCUUUGUGUUAAUUCACCAACCACAUAAAUAUUCAUAUUCGAAUGGAAAUUUUCAAGUCCAAGUUCCCCACUGUUUGAAAUCUCAGCCGUACCUAGUUUCGAAAAAUGCGUUGGAUUAGCCACCUGGACGGCGGCCCCAAGAGGGUGAACCACGCAGCUGUGGCCGUUGGUCACAAGAUCUACUCCUUCGGGGGCUAUUGCACUGGCGAGGACUCGAAGGCCUACACGUCCAUGGACGUGCACGUCCUCAACACCACCACGUUCAGAUGGACGAAGCACCCUGUCAGCGACCUGCCCUACUUCGAAAACGACGACAUUUUGCCCUACAAACGCUACGGCCACAGUGCGGUGGUGUAUGGUGAUAAAGUGUAUAUUUGGGGAGGCCGCAAUGACAGGGCUUCCGAUGGGGUGCUGUUCUGUUUUGAUACAACUUGGCAUUGCUGGACGGCCCCCAAGACAACGGGCUGCAUACCUCUGCCAAGGGAUGGCCACACGGCCUGCAUGUGGAAGCACUACAUGAUCAUCUUUGGGGGCUAUGAGGAGGAGACCGACUCUUUUGCAGAGUCGGUCUAUGCCUUGGAUUUGAAGAAAAUGGAUUGGUCGCAUGUUAAGACCGAAGGAGAAAUCGAACCCACCCUACGUGACUUCCACACAGCUGUAUGCUUAAAUAAUCGAAUGUAUUUGUUCGGGGGACGUGGGGGGCACACCCUAUUUGGCGAAGAAGUCUACUCUAAUAUGCUAUGGUACCUUGAUUUAGAGACAUUUAGAUGGGUGCGCCCUCAAGUCUCUGGUGAUAUACCUACAGGACGUAGGAGCCACUCAGCUUUCGUUUAUAAUAAUAAAAUGUACAUUUUUGGUGGUUACAACUAUUUAGAGGAGAAGCACUUUAACGAUAUGUACGAAUAUGAUCCUCAAACUAGCAGAUGGAGGAUGGUUAACACAAUCGGUCCUAAACCUUGCGAACGACGGAGACAGGCUUGUGUCAUCGUGGGUGACAGGUUAUUCCUUUUUGGGGGCACUAGUCCACAGAUACCAUAUUUACGUGAACCCCAAGAAGACAGGUUAAUAGACCAUUGUGAUUUGUACAUUUUAGAUUUUAAGCCGACAUUGAAGACCCUGUGUAUACUUUCUGUGAGGAAAUAUAGACUCGACGAAUCAAUCCUGCCCUAUAGUUUAAGGUUGGACGUCAUGAAUAUGUUUACACCCAACAAAAUUACCAUCAGCCGACCGAAUAAAUCCGCUGGUUAGACUCACUAAUUAAUUUCAUUUUUUUUCAGAUUAAUUUUCGUUACAUGAUCAUUAAAUUUGAGUAUUUUAGUACGUAAUUGUGAUUCGUAUUUGUUUUUGUAAAAUAAUGGAACAGGAAACAAAAAUAGUGUUUUAUUUUUGUUGGAUUCGAGUAGGUGGUUGUCUUGACCCUCAACUAUUUUAGUGACGUAAAUGUAGCCAAAGCAACAGUGCUGCGAUAAAAAGUUUCAUUAGUUGUCAUGAUAUUAAGUGAAAAUAUUUUUUUAUUCUCACAGAAUGUUGAAAAGUAUUGUAAGGCAGAAUGAUAGUGUAAAUAUAGAUGUAUUUAUUUUAUUUGUAUAUACUCAUAUUUGAA